UCCCCUAGCCGCUUAAGCCUUCACUCCGCGAACCGGGUCCUCUCCCCACAGCAACACGGCUUCUCUUCCUCAGCUCAGCGACAGGGGCUUCCCCUCAGCCGCCGCCGCCGCCGGCCGAGCCCCGCCGCGCCUGCGGCCCGCGGCCGCCAUGCAGUUUAUGUUGCUUUUUAGUCGUCAGGGAAAGCUUCGACUGCAGAAAUGGUACGUCCCAUUAUCAGACAAAGAGAAGAAAAAGAUCACAAGAGAACUUGUUCAAACCGUUUUAGCACGGAAACCUAAAAUGUGCAGCUUUCUUGAGUGGCGAGAUCUGAAGAUUGUUUACAAAAGAUAUGCCAGUCUGUAUUUUUGCUGUGCUAUUGAGGAUCAGGACAAUGAACUAAUUACCCUGGAAAUAAUUCAUCGUUAUGUGGAAUUACUUGACAAGUAUUUUGGCAGUGUGUGUGAACUUGAUAUCAUCUUUAAUUUUGAGAAGGCUUAUUUUAUUUUGGAUGAGUUUCUUUUGGGAGGAGAAGUUCAGGAAACAUCCAAGAAAAAUGUCCUUAAAGCAAUUGAGCAGGCUGAUCUACUACAGGAGCCACGUCAUGAAUAUUUUAAUGUCCCUGUGUACUAAAUGACUACUCAUCAUCGUGUAUGCAGAAUUUCACAGAGGGAAUAGCUGAUAUGCUCAUGAAAGAAAAUACCCUCAGCUUGGUGACUGAUUAUCUUGUAUAAUAAUAAUAGAACAUUUCAGAACCAUUACCUUUAUAAUUGUAAUAAUUUUCCUGUUUUCAUCCUCUUUUCUGUUUUAUUUUCAUUCGAUAUGUGAUCUUGAUAUAGCUUUUCCUGCUUGCAGCUGGUUUAAUUCUUGAAAAAAUAUGACCUAUGACCAUUUUGAGUAAUGCUUCAUCUUAAACACAUACGUGUCAUCAUUUAUGAACCAUCUGUGAUUAAUCGUGUAAGAGGAAUACCUAGCAAUUGUUAAAAUGUUUACCAAAGAAAAUAUAGCUGAAAUGCUAGGGCAGAAUAAGCAAUGCAUAAUAUAGUGUGGUUUCAUCUUCAAAUGUUGGUGGGGGGCGGGGGGAGCUAUAUUUAGGGUGAUUAUAUUAUAGUCUAUAUGAGCAAACGUUUUCUAAUGUAUCACAUAAAAGUGUAUUUGGAAAUAAUACAAGAAAGUAAAAUCUACUCUUAUAUAAUAUUUAAGGUAAAACAUUCAGUUUCUAAGAAAUUUAUAAUGCCACAUUUAUUGAAUCACAUUUGUGCUAUACAGUAUCAAACAGUCCCUUUAAGAACUAUUAGAAAGCUAUAUCAGAAAAGUCUCUUCUGCAAUAUCUGUUGUUCAAUAGUAAGUAAUCCUUUCAAAGUAUUAAUACCUGCUUUAUUUUAUAUAGUUAAGAUUCUAAUAUUGCUUAAAUACUAAUAUUUUACUAGUUAUGGUUUUAUAAUUGUCUGCAUUUACUUAAUGAUUUGUUAAAUAUGGUUUUAUAUUUCUGAAUAUGAAAACCUUUAAUAUUGAUAAUUUUUGUGUAUAUUUUUAAUAAAACAUGCAACAUAUAUUAUUAUAAAGGGGAAAUUACCAAAUAAUUGUUUAUGUCUAGAGAGUUUAAAGCCCGAGUUAAGUAACCUAUCAUUAAACAAUACAUUCAAAAGAUGCUCAAACUGAUUUACCAUUGAAAGAAGACCUGUGAAAAUGUGUAUAAGGCAGGUAUGCAGAUCAGUUGUUUCCAUUCUUACCAUUCUCACUGUACCACAUGACAUUUGAAGCAACCUGGGUGGGCGGUCAAAUGAGAAAUUUAGCAUUAUAUACAUUGAUAGCAUUGGGAAACAUUGGUCUUUUCGUUUCCAUUUUUUUCCUCUAUCCCUCCCCCAGCCCUGCAACAUGUCAUUCAUGUGGUUUUAAUGCUGCAUAAAUAUGCAUUGUCUCAUGCCUGUUUGCUUUGGAUGCUGUGUGCCCAGCUGUAACAAGAUGUUGCUUCUUUUGUUAUUUGUAUACAGCUGCUUGCUUUAAACUAGUAGAUUCUGAAAUACCUUUCCUUGCAUGUCUAAAAUAAAAGUAUUGCAUGUACUUUGUCUCAUGUGAAUGACUUUUUUCUUCUCCAUCCUUUUGAUAAAUAAUAUAUUUCAUAUUUUAAUUUUUCCAGGUAAUUUUUUUUAAUUGUCUUUUAAAAAUAACAAAAUUUACUAGUUUAACCAUUUUUAAGUGUACAGUUCAGCAGUGUUCAGUAUGUUCACAUUGUUGUGCAACAGAUCUCCAGAAGUUUUUUAUCUUGCAAAACUGAAACUCUACCCAUUAUAGACAACUAUUCCCCACUUCCCCUCCCCUCAGCCCUUGGUAACCAACCACCUUUCUACUUUCUGUUUCUAUGGAUAUUACUAAUUCAGAUAAUAGUUUUUCUAGGUAAUUUUGAGCUACAAUUUCAGUGUGAACAUGUGAAAAUUAAUUUUAUAUUAUAAAUACAACUGAUUAAAAAACUCUAACGUACUCUUUGUAUAAGUCUCAAAGGAAGAAAAUGUGUAAAUGAUUCUUUGAAGUUAGGCCUUUCAGAAAGGACAGAUACUUUAAAUAAUGCAUAUUUGAGAAGUAACGUGGUUCUCUUCAAGAAAUGCUGUAUAAGAUUGCAAGCAGUGAACACAUAGGGGAAGUCUGACCAGCUCCAGGGAAUAGGAUAGGGGGACAUUUUUACAUGGAUAAGCUAAGAAUGUUAACUAUAGAAUUCAAUGUAGGCACCCUUUAAUAAAUACAUUAAAGGUUAUAUGAUGUUUUAAAAAUUAUUUAACAUUAAAUGGAAAUGAUUCUUUUUAAAUUGUCCCCUUUAUUUAAUACGUAUGUGAUUCAGAUGUCAGUCUUGCAGUGUAUUUAAUGUUUAAGGCUAAACAUUAUUAUAAAUGAAAGAGAUUGGCUUACAUCAUUCUUGGGAGUGUUGCAUCACUUCCAUUAAACUUUCUUUUAAAGCUAUAUCAUGAAAACUCUGAGACAUACAAAUAGAAUAGUAUAAGGAACUGUCAUGUACGCAUCACUCAGCUCCAACAACCAUCAACUCAAUGCUAGUUUCAUAAAUCACCACCCCACCCUGCCUUUUUUUUCCACCCCACCUUUUUUGCCUAUUUUACAGCAAGCCCUAGACAUCUUACCAUUUCAUCUUUACUACUUAAGUAUGUAUCCCUAAGAGAUGAGUACCACACCCCCCAAAAUUAAUAGUAAUUCCUGUCUUAUUCCUGGUUGGGUUUUUUUUCCUAAUUGUCUGAAAAAUGCAUUUUUAUAAUCGGUUUGUAAGAGCCAGAUUCCAAACAAGGCUCACACUUUAUCUGGUCUCUUUAAGUCUCUCUUAAUCUUUAACAACUCCUCUGCUUUUACCCGCCUUUGCCUAUUUUUGUUAAACUGAGUCCCCUAUGCUGUAGAAUUUCCUCCAUUCUGUAUCUGGCAGAUUAUAAUGGUGAUGUUUAACUUGUUUUCUUAUCCUCCAUGUAUAUUUAGGUCUGUAGCCUGGUUAGGUUGAGGUUCAAUUUGGAGGUGGGGAGGGGGGCAAGAAUACUUCAUAAAAAAUAGCCUUUUUUCACCAAAGCUGACUUUUACCCAUUUUUCAUUAAUACACAAACAUACUAAAAGGUCAUCAUAUGAACUUUAUAUAGAGAGCUGGUUUAUAGUAAGGCUAAAUACCUUCAUUUAGAUUUCAGUUGAGUAAUGUAUCAGCUAACAUUUUUUGAGCACUUUCUGUGAAUCAGGCACUAAGCCUUAUCUCCCUUAAUCUCUACAUAUGAAGGUAAGUACUAUGAUCCUUGUUUUCAUAGUAUAAGGAAUAAGGAAACAGACCAAAGAGUUUAAAUAAUUAAGAUUAUUUCAUGUAGUGCUUUACAUACAAUUAAAUCUAAUGUAUGGAUUUAUGGUUUAAUUAAUUUUUCUUUUCCUUGUUUUGUGCUGUACCACAAUUAGGAUGCAAAAGUAAGUUAUUUGGGUACAAAAAUUGUUUUCCUCUGUUAAAAUCUAGUAUGCCUUUUAAUUACAAACUUGUUGUUAGUAAUACCUGAAAUUUGACCUACUUGAUCCUUUUUUAUUUUGUGCCGUGCAAAAUUAGACACUUGGGAAAAACUUUUAAUUUUUUUCUAGUAUGCCUACUUUGUUUAGUCUUCUUUUGACAUUUAAAAAUGAGUAUUGGUUGUUCCAUAGAACAAAAGGCACUUUUGUCCCAGAUCCCAGAGCACUCUUUCUGUAUGUUACUUCCACUGAAACCAUUGGUUGCUCUGGGGAGGUCUGGGAAGGUGAGUUUCUG